CAGAAUAUCUGUGGCUGCUUGUGUUUCUUUAGUCUUCAUGAUUCUGGUUGUUUUUACAGAACCAGAACAUCUGCAGUCAGACUCAGGGAACCGGAUCCGUUCUGGUUUUAUUGAGCCAUCGGGCCGUGAGAUUCUGCAGAUUCCUGUCGUCAUGGCGUCCAGAACCAAAUGGGAUGCAGUGAAAGAGCGAGUAACCAGAGGUUCUGAAGACGACCCGGACGGAUCGCUGGAGGCCAACCUGGAGAACGCCGACCCGGAGCUGUGCGUCCGCCUGCUGCAGGUUCCCACCGUGGUGAACUACUCGGGUCUGCGGCGCCGCCUGGAGAAGAGCGACGAGUCGUGGAUGGUCCAGUUCCUGGAGCUGCAGGGUUUGGACCUGCUGAUGGCGGCGCUGGAGCGGCUGUCGGGCCGCGGCUGCGCCCGCAUCCCCGACGCGCUGCUGCAGCUCACCUGCGUGUCGUGCAUCCGCAGCGUCAUGAACUCGUCCGCCGGACUCAACUUCAUCCUGGACAACGAGGAGGGAUACAUCCGGACCCUGACCCAGGCUCUGGACACGUCCAACGUGAUGGUGAAGAUGCAGGUGUUUGAGCUGCUGGCGGCCCUCGCGCUCUUUGACCCCCAGGGUUGCCAUCUGACCCUGGACGCCUUCCAGAACUACAAGACUCUGAAGAAGCAGCAGUAUCGCUUCAGCGUCAUCAUGAACGAACUGCAGGCCACUGACUGCGUCCCCUACAUGGUCUCCAUGAUGGCCGCCAUCAACGUCCUCAUCCUGGGACAGGAAGACCUGCGCAAGAGACACCGACUGAGACACGAGUUCAUCGGGCUGCAGCUGCUGGAUCUGCUCCCCAAGCUGAGGUAA